AUGACUGAACCUAGAUCCGACCAAAUUGACGCGACAGCGAGCUCGACCGCUAAACAAACUGGAGAUGAGGAGGGAGAUGAAUGGGUUGAAGAGGACGAAAAUUAUGAUGACGAUGACUACGAUGACGGAGAGGAAGAAGCGGAGGAAAUUGCGCGUCGGUUGAAGGAACAGCUAUGGGCGGACAUUAGCAAAGCGCAGGCAGACCGCGUAAAUGUCACUACGACGGCAUCAACGUCAACUCCUAGUGCACCCCUACAUGAUGGUGCUCCGUCUGCGGUUCCUUCUCCAGAAGAGGCCGCCUUGAAGACGAUGGGGAACGUGCUGAACAUUGCAGGAAAGGAUCCUCUGGUUCACUCAACUCUAGCGUCUGCGGUCGUUCCUGGUGCAGGCAACAGCGUUCUGGAAAUACUCAAUCACACAGUUGCCGCUGGAACAAUUUCCAAAGACCUUGCAAAAUCACUCAGCAUGACCCUCGUAUCUUUGGCUCGCUCCGACGCUCUUUUUGCCGCACUGCGUCACUCUAAUGCGCCUGCACUACAGCUGGAUAAAGGCAAGAGGAAACGCGACGAGACUGAAGAAGAACAGCGGAGGAACGAGCCACGAGCCUUCAAACGGCCAACUUUCGCACAUGGCCAUUUACAGAGCCAGAUAACAGACGCAGUUCGCGUGGUUUCUGAAACUUUAGCCUCCCAUCCACCUUCCAACGGCCCGCCAGAUCCGUCGAUCAUAUCCUCAAUUCAGCUACAGUUACAUCAAAUAUUUCUUUUUGCGGUCACCUCUUCUGCCAGAGGAGGACCUGAGACAAACGCCUUACAGGAGAUCAGUGGACUCAUUCAGGUGGUUGGAGUCCUGAGUGGUAGUCCCAUUGGCCCCACCGCUGUCGCACCGAACGCUCAUAUGCAACCCCCUGACGUAUCAAUGUAUCCUCCCCGUCCAUGGAUACCGCCGGGAACUGGUCCUCAGCCUGUCCCUUUCAGCGACAUUGGUACCGCAGUAUACCCCUGCCUGGUGCCAGGUUGCCGCAAGAUUUUUGCGCGAUUAUUUAACCUACGAGCGCACCAACAAGUACACGCAGUGCACAGGCCAUAUCGCUGUGCUGCAUGUCCUGCCUCGUUUGCCCGAAAUCAUGACCUGAAACGACAUGCCAAACUACACGACAAGACGGGGUAUCAGUGUGCCGGCUGUUACAAGUUAUUCUCGCGGCGUGACGCAAUAAAGAGGCACAAAAAUAGCAGCGCAACUCGUGGUGGCAAAGGGGAGGCAUGUGUUAACGCGGCAAUCAAAGAAGUCGAACUGGACAAGGAGAGUGGGGACGAUGCGCUGCGGGAAGGUCGACGGACACGGAUGUGGGCUGAUAUUGUGACGCAUUCCGUGGCAUCUACAACAAGUUACGGAACGUUUGGUGAUGAUUGGGGUCCGGAGGAGGGGGAAAUGGAUGUCGACGUCAUCGGCCAUGCACAAGAAGCUGUGCUUAGCCUCCACAAGACGUUGCAAUCACACGUGUCCAGCGCGCUGGGAACAGCCGUGGAUCACGAUAUCCCACCAAUGCAGAUUGAUCCGGCUGGAAGUCAAGCAACUUUGGCUAGCGUCAUCGCUAGGGCCCAGCUACAAAAUAUGCCGGCCCCUCAAAAUCAACAAGACAAUUCAGCGGUGAGCGCUGCCAAUCAUAUCACGGCCGAAUCGCAGCCUUUCCCUGUGGACGACGGAUGUGGCGUUCCGAAUGAUGAUUAUCCUGUUCCAAUCGCGGACAAUGCAACUGUUUCUGCACCGCCGUUAUCACUGUAUGGUCUUUCGGAGGAACAAGCGCGACUUUUGGAGCAGGCAAUCGCUAAUGCUGCGUCUGCAGCUCAAGCACAGGCAGAAGCGGAGGCUGCGUUGGAAGAACAGGAAGAGGACUAUGAGGAGGAUUGCGACGAGGACGAUGGUGAGGAGACAAUAUCAACUGUUGGAACCGAGGUCCCUUCAACGUUAGGACAAUAA